AUGUCCCGCGUGCUGCGCAGCCUGCGCGGCUCGCAGCCCGUGGCGCGAUUCCAGCGCUGCUGCGGCCUCUUCCCCGCCGCCGAGGAGGGGCCCGCGGACACGGAGCGCGCCCGCGCAGGCGGCAACGGGCUCUGCGCGCCGCGCUGCGCGCGCGGCCCGGCCGGGCCGGCAGACUGUGCACAAAAAUAUGUUGUGAAGAACUAUUUCUACUACUACUUGUUCAGGUUUUCGGCUGCUCUGGGUGAAGAGGUGUUUUAUAUCACUUUCCUUCCAUUUACGUACUGGAACAUAGAUCACUCCGUGUCUAGAAGGAUGAUAGUCAUUUGGUCUGUGGUCAUGUACAUCGGGCAGGUGUCCAAGGACCUCCUGAAGUGGCCACGGCCCCUCUCGCCGCCCGUGGUGAAGCUGGAGAGGAGGACGGAUGCGGAGUACGGGAUGCCCUCCACCCACGCCAUGGCCGCUACCGCCAUCUCCUUCUCCUUCCUGAGCGCCACCACCAACCACUACAAGUACCCCUUUGAGCUGGGGCUGACGGGCGCCCUGCUCUUCUCCACGCUCGUGUGCCUCAGCCGGCUCUACACAGGGAUGCACACCGUGCUGGACGUGCUCGGCGGGGCGCUCAUCUCGGCCGUGCUGCUGGUGCUCGUGUGCCCGGCGUGGGACUCCAUCGACCGCGUGCUGCUCACGAGCCCGCUCUGCCCGCUGCUCUCCCUGGCCGUGCCGCUGCUCCUGUGCUACAAGUACCCCAAGCUCGACUCCUACAGCCCCACGCGGGCGGACACCACCACCAUCCUUGGCGCGGGCGCUGGAGCCACUGUGGGCUUCUGGCUCAACAACCAGUACGUGGCGGCCGCUUCCACCAGUGACGGCUUUCGCCCGGGCUUCCCGCUGCUCUCGGGCCCCAUGCUGGUGGUGGUGCUGGCCCGGUUCCUCGUGGGCAUCGGCAUCAUCCUCGUGACGCGGCAGCUCGCCAAGAGCCUGGUGCUGGGCGUGCUGCGCUACUGCUACAAGUUCCCCAUGGGAGAUCUGGAAGCCAGGAGGCGCCUGGAGGUGGAGGUGCCCUAUAAAUUUGUGACGUACUCCUCGGUUGGUUUCAGCGCGACCGUGAUCGUGCCGCUGCUGCACCAGGUGCUGGGGCUGAUCUGAGCCCCGUUCCGCAGAGACGCAGGUCCUGGCACCACCGUUUUGGAGAUGCAAUGAGUUGUUCCAGGCUGGUGACUUGACUGAGAAACGUUUUGUGCCUUUCUGCACUGGCAGAACACCGCACCGUGAGGAUUCACGGGGCGGCUGUACACGGUGACCUGGGUUAGGAACCGGCUCUGCUGCCUCCCUCCGGCCGAGGCCGGUGGCCCAGGUGAGGGGACGUGACAAGCUCGGGGUGCAGGGCUCGUGGAUGGGACAUCACGC